AAUACUCUUUGGAUCCGACAUUUCGAUUAAAUUUGACGUUCGUUGGUCGGUGAAAAAAUUGCCUAAAUAUCUGCCUUUUACUGUGAAUUUCUUAACGUUUUGUUUAUUGAAUAGAAGCACAAACGUUAAAAAUGUCAGUACGUCUAGGCGGCGCACUAAAAGAGCUCCGGAUUCAUCUGUGUCAAACCAAUAAGCAAUCUGCGGGCGUGAGGGAUUUUAUUCAGCAUAACUAUGUAUCUAUCAAGAAAGAGAAUCCUGGCUUUCCUAUAUUGAUUCGUGAGUGCAGCGGAGUUGAACCUAAGAUCUGGGCCCGAUAUGCAAGAGCAUGUGAAACAGUAACUCCAUUAAGCAAUUUAUCUGCCUCUCAAGUUAUGGAAAUAUUUAGAAAACUGGCUGGAUAAAGGAGUGGAGCGCAGUACAAUUCUCACAAAUUUAUCAGCUGGGGAUGUUUUGGCCGCCAUUAAAAAGCUGGUAAAAUAAAACCAAACAAAUGUAAUUAAAAAUAGGUUUAGAAAAAUACAUAUGUUGGGAAAUUAAAAACUGAUUUUUACUUAA